UGAGAGGAAUGCACCGUGGCGUUUUAACCGCUAACCAUGCGAGGGCAAGCACUCCUCGCUCGCCUCCACUUCCUCAAACCCUCUUAUCCUCGAUUCUCCCCGAUCCCCCUGUCUAAUCCCAAAACCCUCAUCCAGAAUCCCAAUUCCCUCUCGUCUUUCCAUCACCGCGGUGCCCUCCGCCCCUCUCGCCCCUUCGCGGCCAUGGCAGGCGCUGCGGACGAUUUCGUCAAGGGCACAGUCUUCCCCAAUGGUGUCGCCGUUAUCACCCUUGAUCGCCCCAAAGCCCUCAACGCCAUGAACCUCGAGAUGGACAUAAGAUACAAAGGCUAUCUUGACGAGUGGGAAAGUAAUCCAAGUGUCAAAUGUGUCCUUGUGGAGAGCAGCUCGCCUCGUGCCUUUUCAGCAGGAAUGGAUAUUAAGGGUGUUGUAGCUGAAAUUCAAAAGGACAAAACUACACCACUCGUGAAAAAGGUUUUCGCUGCGGAAUAUUCUCUGAUAUGUAAAAUUUUUGGAUAUCAAAAGCCUUACAUUUGUUUCAUGGAUGGUGUCGCAAUGGGGUUUGGGAUUGGGCUGUCUGGACAUGGCCACUACCGAAUUGUCACUGAGAGAACACUACUUGCCAUGCCGGAAAAUGGAAUUGGCUUGUUCCCAGAUGUUGGCUUUGCUUAUAUAGCUGCAGAGAGUCCGGGAGAAGGGGCAGUCGGGGCUUACCUUGGAAUGACUGGGAAAAGGAUUUCAUCUCCUGCUGAUGCAUUAUAUGUGGGCUUGGGAACUCAUUAUGUGCCUUCUGGAAACUUAGGAUCCCUUAAGGGAGCACUUCUAUCAAUCAACUUCUCUGAUGACCCUCACAAAGAUGUCGUGUCAUUACUAGCACAAUAUAAGAAGGAACCUGAAUCAGAGGCUCAACUGAAGUUGCUUUUACCUCACAUAGUAUCAUCUUUUGGUGGACGUAAAUCAGUCUCCAAAAUCAUAGAAGAGUUGGAGAAGUCUCGGUCGAAUACUGAUGUUGCAGUAGCACAAUGGGCAAAUGAUGUGCUUCUUGGACUUGGGAAAGGUGCACCAUUUUCUCUCUGCUUAACGCAAAAGCAUUUCUCGGAAGUUGCAUCUGCACAUGGAAAUGAUGAACAUCACUUAUCAAAACUCUGUGGUGUAAUGAAGGUCGAAUACCGCAUCGCCUUGAGAUCCUCACUUCGAAAUGAUUUUGCUGAAGGUGUACGUGCAGUUUUGGUGGACAAGGACCUGAAUCCAAAGUGGAGCCCUUCAAAACUGGAGGAUGUCGACAGGUCUGAAGUUGAAUCAGUUUUUGAGCCUUUACCCCCUGAAGAUGAACUGUUUGUUUGAUGGUGUAGUUGCACUCAUCAUGAAGGAAUGAGAAAGAUCAGCAGUGUUUUUUUUUUUUUCCUGACUGAUUUCGUCUUGUUAUUUAUGUUGAAAAGGGACCACUAAUUUGCCACUUUCACUUAAAGCGCCAGACUAUGUUUAGAAGAAUAAACCAGGUGGACUUUAUGUUCUCAACCUAAUUAAAUUACAGCCCGGACUAAGCCUUCUUUAUAACGGAACAUCAUGGCACUCA